GAACACCAAGUCAGACGAAGCAUGGGAAUUGAAGCAGGAGAUCAUCUCUGGUGUUCAAGAUACCUUCUUUAGAGAAUAACCGAGCAAGCUUGUGUUGUCCUCAUGUAAGAUCCAAAGCCAAUAGAGGGUGACUGCAACGGUGCAAGAUGCCAUACUAACAGCAUGAGAGAAGAAGGAGGCUUUGAAGCAAUAAAGAAGGCAAUUCCGAACUCACUUCGCCAUGAGGAGCACAUUAGCGCCUAUGGAAGAUUGAUGGGAAAGCAUGAAACAGUCAACACCAACACAUUGUCUUCGGGAGUUGCCAAUUGUGGUUGCUCAAUCUGUGUGGGUCGUGACAAUGAGAAGCAAGGAAAAGGUUACUUGGAAGACAGGUGUCCUGCCUCAAACAAGAACCUAUACGUCGUGACCUCAUUACUUGCUGAAACUACAAUUUUGUGGGAGCCCCCCAUCAAGGCUGAAGCUCUUGCUGCUGAGAAGCAAGCAUUGAAGGUCUAAAAUUUGAACUACUGGCUAAGAACGGCCAACUCCCUUAAUUAAAUCAGUGGAGACCUCCAGGCUGAGAUACUAUUGAACUCCUUUUCCUUCAGAUUUAGGUCAUUGACAGAAGAUCCUCAUGAAAAUAAGGCUUCCCGGAGGGAGAGAAAAUUAGGUGUCCAAGCUCGGACGUGAUCUCCAUUACAUUGGUUUCAUCCUGCAUUUGUGAGUAGUUUCACCAUUAUGGGCAUUUGAGUUCACCUAUUUGCCUUUAGUGUCACGGAUGACUUAUUGUCUUUGUAUUCUCAGUUACUUCGACAUGUCAGCAUAAUUCAUCCAAAUUUUGAGUGUCCUCAUAAGCUCAAGUCAUUCAAUUUGGCAUGCCGACCUUUCUUUUGAAUAAAAGGCUGUUUGACUUCUCAUUCACUAAA